GUCCCGCCGUCGGCCAUGCAGAGCCGGUGCGCCCUGGGCGCACGGAGGGCGCACUAUGCUGCGCGGCGAUGCGCCGAGCGGGCGCUGCACGGCCGGGAAGGCGCUCCGGGGCAGGUGGCGGCGGCGUCGAGCGAGGCGCUGCUGCGGAGGCUGGUGGCGGGCGGCGCGUCGGUGGUGCCGGGCUUCCUGAGCGAGGAAGAAGAGGCGCUGCUGGCGCGGGAGGUGGAGGCGCCGCUGCGCCGAGGCCGCUACCAGGACGCGCACUGGGACGGGGUUAUUCAUAGGUACCGCGAGACAGAAAGAUCACAUUGGAGCAAGGAGAGUCAGGAGAUCCUGCAAAGGGUCCGGGAUACAGCUUUCCCCCCGGGAGUGCCGCAGCUCGCUCAAGUUCACGUCCUGGAUUUGGAUAAAACUGGCUACAUAAAGCCUCACAUAGACAGUGUCAAGUUCUGUGGCUGCACCAUUGCAGGCCUUUCCCUGCUGUCCUCAAGUGUGAUGCGCCUGGUCAGUGAACAGAACGUUCACGACUGGCUGGACCUGCUUCUUGAACGCCGUUCUCUCUACAUCCUCAGGGGGCCAGCUCGCUAUGAAUUCACUCACGAGAUCCUUAAAGAUGAGGAAUCCUUUUUCGGUGGAAGGAAGAUCCCCCGGGAACGGAGGAUCUCUGUCAUCUGCCGAAACCUCCCCUUGCCAUCUACUCCACCGUAGAACCUGACUGACUGUCUCCAUUUGGAGUAUCUCUUAAGUGCUCAUCUGGUGGGAGUGGGGCUGCUUCUGAAAUUGUUGCUCUGCCCUGCCCUCCUGGCUCCAUGGGACACAGCUUUGCAGACAGGAGUAAGUGAUGGGCUUUCUCCUCAGCGCACCAGAAGGAGAGUCUGAGGAUGGUCAAGAUCUAAGGCAGAUGGGAAAGAGGGAAGCCCUGCAAAGAGUUGGAGAAAUGGGCCGAAACAUACUUCAUGAAUGUGCUGUUCAUCUCAGGGAAUAAAAAUCUUGAUGCUUCUUCUUUGA